CUUUACUCUCUGUCUUCUCUCUCAUUAAGUCGUCUCCUUUCUCUCUCUUCUCCACACGAGAAACCGUCUUCUCUUUUCAAAAGGAAGAAGAAGAAACCACCAACAGCAGGGUUAAAGUGAUUGUCUUUAUUAUCUUCACUUUCAUCUUGAUCUUACUUGACUACAACAACCGCAACAAAAUUUAAGGGGCGGCAACUAACCAUGGUGGAAUCUCCUUGCCUUUGAUUUGGAAUAUCGUAGUUUGCGAUAAAAGGAAGCUACACCAUGAGUUACGGCAAGGAAGAGAAGUUUGUAAGGUUUCAGGAUUGGACUUCGGAGCCAUCUUUAAACAAUGACAGGAGGUUUUCUGAUAGAGAUGGAUCCUCUAAUUCAGGAAGCCUUAAAUCUAAAGUGAGCUUGGUUUCAGAAAAGAUUCGAACGGGCUUCACUCAGGGGUUCCGAGGGAUUGGUAAUUCAAUGAACCUUGACCCUCAGAGGGAAUCGAGAGUCUCUGAAGAUCCUAGAUUCAACACUCAGAAUACUGAAUCAGCAAAGCGAAUGCUUGACCCUCAGGGAACAUUUCUUCAAAAGUGGAAUAAGAUAUUUGUUUUGUCAUGUGUGCUGGCUGUAUCCUUAGAUCCUUUGUUCUUUUACAUCCCAGUUAUUGACGGCAAGAAGAAGUGCCUCAGUGUUGAUAAGAGGUUGGAAACCGCAGCUUGUGUUCUGCGUUUUUUCACUGAUAUAUUUUAUGUGCUUCAUAUUAUCUUCCAGUUUCGCACUGGUUUUAUUGCUCCAUGGACUCGAGUUUUUGGAAGGGGUGUGUUGGUUGAAGAUCCCGUUGCUAUCGCCAAACGAUACUUAACAACAUACUUUCUGAUUGACAUCCUCGCAGUCCUUCCUCUCCCGCAGGUGGUAAUUCUAAUUAUUAUUCCUAAAAUGAGAGGCUCUGCAGCUCUGAAUACAAAGAACUUGCUGCGGUUCAUUGUCCUAAUCCAGUAUGUCCCGAGAUUGAUUCGAAUAUAUCCACUGUAUAAAGAUGUUACUAGAACUUCAGGUAUAAUCACUGAAACAGCUUGGGUUGGUGCUGCUUUCAAUCUUUUCCUCUUUAUGCUUGCAGGUCAUAUUUUUGGAGCCUUGUGGUACCUCUUUUCGAUCGAGAGAAACGAUACAUGCUGGCGAAGGGCAUGCAGAGAUGCCACUAAUAACUGUGCUACCAAAGAUCUAUAUUGUGGAAACGAUAGUAAAAAAAAUCUAUUUCUGGACAAGCUUUGCUCCUUCACCGAACCAAACGUAAACGCAACUCUGUUCAAUUACGGAAUUUUCCUUGAUGCUCUUCAGUCAGGAGUAGUGGAAUCAAGAAAUUUUUGGGAAAAGUUGUUUUACUGUUUAUGGUGGGGUUUACGAAGUUUAAGUUCCCUUGGUCAAAAUCUCGAAACAAGUACUUAUGUAUGGGAGAUUCUCUUUGCUGUCUUAAUAUCUAUUGUCGGCUUGGUUUUAUUUGCACUCCUUAUCGGAAACAUGCAGACAUAUCUACAGUCAAAUACUGUUAGAUUAGAAGAAAUGAGAGUGAAACGGCGAGAUGCAGAGCAAUGGAUGUCACAUAGAUUACUCCCUGAACCUCUGCGAGAGCGGAUCAGGAGGUAUGAGCAGUACAGAUGGCAAGAAACAAGGGGUGUUGAUGAACAGAAUUUGCUCUAUAACCUUCCUAAAGACUUGAGGAGAGACAUCAAGCGCCAUCUCUGUUUGGCGUUGCUGACAAGAGUGCCAAUGUUUGAAAAAAUGGAUGAACAACUACUGGAUGCUAUGUGUGAGCGUCUGAAACCAGUAUUAUACACAGAAGAAAGUUACAUAGUGCGAGAGGGUGAUCCUGUUGACGAAAUGCUCUUCAUCAUGAGGGGAAAACUAUUGACUGUUACCACCAAUGGUGGAAGAACAGGAUUCUUCAACUCCGAGCAACUCAGAGCCGGGGACUUUUGUGGUGAAGAAUUACUUACGUGGGCUCUUGAUCCUCAAACUACUGCCAACCUCCCAAUCUCUACCCGAACUGUUCGAGCUCUGUCAGAAGUCGAAGGUUUUGCCCUUGUAGCAGACGACCUUAAAUUCGUGGCUUCUCAAUUUCGAAGGCUUCACAGUAAGCAACUUAGGCAUACUUUCAGGUUCUACUCACAACAAUGGAGAACAUGGGGAGCCUGUUUCAUACAAGCAGCUUGGCGAAGACACUGUAAGAAGAAACUUGAGGAAUCUCUACGUGCAGAAGAGGAUAGAUUGCAGAAUGCAUUGGCUAAAGGAAGUGGGAGUUCGCCAAGUCUUGGUGCAACUAUUUACGCUUCACGUUUUGCAGCAAAUGCGUUGCGUGCAUUGCGCCGAAAUGGUGCAAGGAAAGCAAGGGUUGCUGAUAGAGUACCUCCGAUGCUACUUCAGAAACCUGCUGAACCUGAUUUUACAGCUGAACAAUAGUGAUUUGAUUUUUUUUUUUUAAUGGUUUCUUUUUGGGUAUUUUGAUGAUAUGUAAAGAUUGAAAGAUUGGGAAAAACAAACAAAAAAAGAAAGUCCAAAGGGGUUUGCUGUAUCCAGAUAAUCUGUGUAUAUUAUGUAGAAUAUAGCUAGUGCAUUUGCUGCCAUACCUUUGUAUUCUUUGAUUCAUACAGUUUUUUCUCUCUCUCUUAUAAAUAUAAUGUUUGUUGGUUUUUGGGUUUGUUC